AUGUCUACUUGGAAAUUAACUAAAAAACUUAAAGAGACUCAUCUCUCAAAAUCUCCAUUUUCCCGUAGUAGUAAUAAUCAACAACAACAACAACAACAACAACAACCUACAAAUCCUCCUCCUGCUGCAGCAGCAACAACAACAACAACAGCAGCAGCAGCAGCAGCAGCAGCAACAAUCGCAACAGUAACAACAACAGCUGAUUCAAAUGAUUUUGAUAAUCUUUACUCAGUAGAUCAAUAUAAACCUCAUAUCUCUCUUCCAGCAAUCACUCCACUCCGCAAAAAUACAGCCGCCGGUUCCUCUUCUACAUUAAUAUCAGAUUCUCAUUUAAACCAGCAUUCAUCCUCUUCAACUUCAACUUCAACUUCAACUUCAAAUUCAAAUUCAACAUCUACAAUAAAUCCUCCAGCAUCUCCAUCAAAAUCUAAAAAGUCUGGAACCCUUAUCUCUUCAACAAAUACUUCUAACGGCCUCUCAUAUUCUUCAAAAGAUUCAAAUGCUUCCUCAGUCACCCUUUCUUCAAUGCAUACUACUGCAUCCUCCUCUUCUCCAGCAUCUUCCCAACAAUUAUCACAACAUCAAUCCACUCCACAUUCAAAUCACCCAACUUCAACUAUAAAACCAGGUCUCUUGGUCGUAUCUGUGGCCAGCGCAUCAGGCCUAACCCUCCCCCCAGGUUACCAGUCAAAUGUCCUCAUCCAAAACUACCUCUCCCGCAUGUCGCCAUCCAAGUCUUCUAUUCUUCGUACCCCCUUAAUCUCCUCAUCCAUGGCAAAAAGCUCUUCAGCUGAUUCUGCUGCUGCUGCUGCUGCUGCUGCUGCUGCUGCUGCUGGGUCUCCUAACCGUCGACGUAUGCCCGUAUUCCUUGUCAUUGAAUUUGAUAAAAACCAAGUCGUCCUAGAAGCCACUGGCGGGCCUCUAGAAGCUCCUGUUUGGGAUACAACUUCCAACUUUGACGUUUCCCGAGUCGAAACAAUCUCCUUUCAAAUCUAUACUCGCAUUCCUAUCUUUCACUCAGCAUCAAACUCAACUUCCUCUCAAUCCCCUGGAGCUGGCUCUGACUCUACAUCUGUUUCUAACGUUACUGGUUCAUCAUCUUUGGCUUCCCCACAAGGAAUCCACCCACGCAAGUACGAGGAAAUCUUUUUGGGAACAUGUAAAGUUCAAAUUGACCCCUCCUCGGCCCUCGGUAAUCGAAACCCAACAGUUUUAUUUGAUGGAUUAAUACCCCUUUCUGGUGGUUCUGGUAAACUCAAAGUUUGCAUUGAAUACAGGCCUAAUCGCAAUAAACCCCUCACUAUCGAUGACUUUGAUUUGCUCAAGGUGGUCGGAAAGGGAUCCUUUGGUAAAGUCAUGCAAGUCCGUAAGCGUGACACUCAACAAAUCUAUGCCCUUAAAACUAUCCGUAAAGCUCAUAUUGUUUCACGGUCCGAGGUUAACCACACUCUAGCCGAGCGUACUGUUCUCGCCCAAAUUGAUAACCCCUUUAUUGUCCCCCUAAAGUUUAGUUUCCAAUCACCUGAAAAACUUUACUUUGUUUUGGCAUUUAUUAAUGGUGGCGAACUAUUCCAUCAUCUCCAAAAUGAAGGAAAGUUUGAUCUUAAUCGUUCUCGUUUCUAUACUGCCGAACUUCUUUGUGCCCUAGAAUGUUUACAUGAAUACAAUGUCAUUUACCGUGACUUGAAACCUGAAAAUAUUUUACUCGACUACACGGGCCACAUUGCACUCUGUGACUUUGGUCUUUGUAAACUUAACAUGAAGGAUCAGGAAAAGACAAACACCUUUUGUGGAACCCCAGAAUAUCUUGCACCCGAGCUCCUGCUGGGCCAGGGCUAUACAAAAGUGGUUGAUUGGUGGACCCUUGGUGUUUUAUUUUAUGAAAUGCUUACAGGUCUUCCUCCCUUUUAUGAUGAGAAUACCAAUGAAAUGUACCGCAAGAUUUUACAAGAACCUCUCCGCUUCCCUGACGACAUGGAUCGUGAGGCUCGUUCGUUACUUACAGGUCUACUGGACCGUAACCCCAACACUCGUCUAGGAGUUCACGGAGCUGCGGAAAUUAAGGCUCAUCCCUUUUUCGCGCAAAUUGAUUGGCGCAGACUUAUGGCCAAGAAGUACGCUGCACCUUUUAAGCCUGCUGUUGAGUCUGCAACUGAUACAAGUAACUUUGACCAAGAGUUUACAAAUGAGGUUCCAACAGAUAGUGUUGUUAAUGAAGGUGAUUAUUUAUCUGAAUCAGUUCAAAAGCAAUUUGGUGGCUGGACUUAUACUAGUGAAUCUAAGCUUGCUUCUAGUGGCCGUUGGUAA